UUGGCUUUUUCUUUUCCUCGGCUUCAUUGGCCGAAGCUUAGAGAGUGGAAGUUGAGGGCUGUUAGGAGAAAGAAAGAUAGACCGGAAAAGUCUUUAAUAAUGAUUGAAGGCUGGAAACAUUAAGUGGUGGAGAGAGGAAACGUGGGAGUUAUUUAUUUAUUUAUUUGUUUGUUUCUUUAAAGAGUUUAGUGUUGUUGUGAAUAAAGUGGAUUUUUUGGCUUUCACAUGAUCUCUAUUGGGUUUGUGUUUUUUAUGAAUUCUGGAGUAUAUUGUCUGUUGUAAUUGGGAUAGUGAAGCAAUUUGAGAAAAUUGAAAACCCAUUAAUUUCCGGUUGUUGAUGAUUUGAGUAAAAGUGUUUCAAUUGCAGUAGCAGCAAGAUUUUUGGAGUGAUCUGGCGAUCAUAUAGAUUGAGGAUAAAUUAGUAUUAUCUGGACGAGGAUUUGUCUAUUGUAGCUAUUAGUAUCAUUUUAGAUUAGUGAUCUGGAACUUAUGCUGCAAAAUCAAGAGAAAUUGCUGGUUGCCAAAUUGGAAACAUGAUGUGAAUUCACUUCAAGUUUCUACUGCCAUUUCUUUUUAUUAUUUUCUUCUGCCACAUUCACUAGCCAAGCAGAUGCAGUGCCCACCUUUUUGUUUAGCUUACAUAUAUGUUCAAAACCAAGAAAAAAGGAGGCAAGAGAUUGAAGAUGAUGAAGAGUUUUUUAACAUUUACUGUCCAUGGUAAGGAGUACGGAUUUGGAGCCCAUGACUUCCCAGUCAGUGGGGUUUUUGAAGUGGAGCCAAGGAGCUGCCCUGGUUUUAUUUAUAGAUGUUCCAUCCCUCUGGGCCGCAUAAGUAUGCCUGUCUAUGAAUUUCGGACAUUUAUAGAAAGUGUGGCUUCUGAGUAUCACGGAGAUACCUAUCACCUCAUCUCUAAGAAUUGCAACCAUUUCACAGAUGACAUCUCUGAGAGAUUGGUAGGCAAGGGGAUACCUGGGUGGGUAAAUCGGCUUGCCCGGUUAGGUGCUUUAUGCAGUUGCCUGCUUCCAGAAAGCCUUCAAGUAACUACUGUUAAACAACUGCCUGAAUACCAUGAAUGCACAGAAGAAGAUGGAAGUGAAUCGUUGGUCACCACUACACCCCGUGAGUCAACAGAGAUCGAUGAUGCAGAUCAAGAGAAGCACUUGCUGUCCCCAAGUGCUGGAAGUGGAGAAGUGGCUUUUAUAAAAGAGACCCAGAAGUGAAUCUAAGAUGAUUAUCUUUGUUGAGAAUUGUGGCUUGGACUUGGAAAGGAUGAAACCUGCUUCUCACUUUUGGAAGGCUGAAAGUUCAGCAUCACCAUUUGAUUGUGUGCAUGCAUGGUCAUUCAUCUGGUUGUAACUUUAUUGAAUUCUUCUCAUUAUUCUUUUUCUGGUUUUUUUAUCUCCAUUUCUUUUUCCUUAUUUGUUUGUUUUAUUUGUUGUAGUUUGCUACGAUAGUUUGUGCAAUUAUUCUGUAUAAUCAUUUUUGGAAGUGGAAACAGCAUCGUGAGUGGUUAAGCUUGUCCA